AAAAACGUCAUUUUAAAAUGGCGGGUCAACCUGCCUAGAGUUUUCCCGUUUUGCGAUUUUGUUUUGAUUUUGAAUUAAAUGAGGAUAUUUUUUCGAAAUUUCCUUUCUAAAAGUUCUUUUAUAAAUAUGGCAUCAGCUCCGAAAAAAGCUAAAUUUUCAUCGUCUUCUAGUAGUACCGAUGAAAGUGAUAUUCAAGGUUUUAUGAAAAGCAUUCAAGUAGAGAGAGAAAAGACUGCCGAUUCGAUUUUGCAAUACAAAUUCAACAAGAAACGUGUGAGAAUUAUAACCCAAGAACAGCUUGUAUCAGACAAUUGUGAAGGAAUAGUCUAUUGGAUGUCCAGGGACAGUCGUGUUCAGGACAACUGGGCUUUCUUGUUCGCACAAAAACUUGCUCUGAAAAACGAAGUUCCCCUACAUGUCUGUUUCUGUAUUAUAGCGAAAUAUCUGGAUGCCUCCGUCAGACAAUUCCAUUUUUUACUUAGAGGCCUGGAAAAAGUAGCAGCAGAAUGCAAGAAACUGAACAUAUCAUUCCAUUUACUUGAGGGCAGCGGGGCUGAUGCAUUACCUCAGUGGGUCGAGAAACACAACAUUGGAGCUGUUGUGUGUGAUUUCAAUCCGCUUAGAGUGCCUCUUGGCUGGCUGGAUGGUGUCAAGACGAAAAUGAAAAAAGAUGUUCCAUUAAUACAGGUGGAUGCCCACAAUGUUGUCCCAUGCUGGGUGGCUUCAGACAAGCAAGAGUACUCGGCUAGGACCAUCCGGAACAAGAUCAAUUCUAAGUUGGAUGAGUACCUCACAGAAUUCCCGCCUGUCAUCAAACACCCAUACACAAGUAGUUUUGAGCCUGAGCCUAUAGACUGGGCGGAAGCUAUAGAAUCAAGAGAAGCUGACAAAUCCGUGGGGCCUGUAGACUGGGCAAAGCCAGGCUAUGAUGAAGCUGUUAAAAUGUUGAAGAGCUUCCUUGACCAAAGGCUCAAAAUAUUUGCUACAAAAAGGAAUGACCCUACACAAGAUGCACUCAGUAAUUUGUCUCCUUGGUUCCAUUUCGGUCAGAUCUCAGUGCAGAGAGUAGCGCUGUGCGUGCAGCGACACAAGCCCGAGCUCACGGAGAGUGUGAACUCCUUCCUCGAGGAGGCCGUCGUGCGCCGCGAGUUGGCCGACAACUUCUGCUUCUACUCAGAUAAUUACGACUCUAUAAAGGGGGCUAGUGCCUGGGCGCAGAAGACAUUGGAUGAUCACAGAAAAGAUAAAAGAACACACAUAUACACACUAGAAGAGCUAUCAAAUUCUAAAACCCAUGAUGACCUGUGGAACUCUGCUCAGCUGCAGCUGGUCGUGGAAGGCAAGAUGCACGGCUUCCUACGGAUGUACUGGUGCAAGAAGAUUCUGGAGUGGACGCCCUCGCCUGAAGACGCAUUAAAAUAUGCCAUUUACUUGAAUGACCAUUACAGUAUUGACGGGCGGGACCCUAACGGCUAUGUUGGAUGCAUGUGGUCGAUCUGCGGCGUCCACGACCAGGGCUGGGCGGAGCGCGCGGUGUUCGGGAAGGUGCGCUACAUGAGCCACGACGGCUGCAAGCGCAAGUUCAACAUUCAUCUGUUCAUCGCGCGCUACGGGGGGAAACCGCACCAUUAUGCGCAGAAGGAAACCACCGAUGGAAUCAAAAGUGGUGACGCUAAGUUGAAUAUCACUGAUAGAAAGAAAAGUAAUGCACGGAAGAAAAUCACAGGCGGAACCAAAAGUGACAAAUAGUACGAAUGUCGGAUGUUUUUUAAUUUUAUAUUUUUCGCAGUGAGAUGUGAUAUGCCAAGAGAGUGGAAUAUCUGUAGCGAAUGAAAGUGCAUGUACCAAUGUAGAAAUAGUACAAAAGAACUUGAGUCCAUGAAAAUCAGUACUUAUUCUCUUAGUGUGUAAGUAUUACUUUCAUACUUUAUAUCAUUCAUAACUUUCUCCUUAGUGUUAUAAAAUAUAACCCACCUAAUAAUUGCGGUAAAGAUAUGCAAAUCAUUAUUUAAAAACGUAAGCAAAAUGUAUAUGUAUUUCUUGCUAUCUCCAAAGAAACUCAAUAGAUUAAGAUCUGCAAUUGUAUGUAUAUUACUUUUUGUAAUAAUUUUAUUUAUAAAAGUAUUGUAAAUUUACUAACUUUAAAAAAAAUCACUUA